CAACUCCACAAGCUUCACUUUCGUUUAUCACCAAAGCGUUGGGUCUAGAAGUCAAGGAUGUCGCUGUCAUCGUCAGAGUCAGAAGAGUUGGAGUAUGCAUCCCAAGAUCCUGUCGAGUGGCACCAGCACAAGCACGAUCCCUACGACUUUUGCGCACGCAUGAAGAAAUACUUUGCUAGACACGGAGAACUCGAGCACUUACAGUGGAUGCACGAAAAUUGUAGCGGAGAUCUAUCAACAGAGGAGAUGGAUGGUGCGGCGACAAAUGGCAACCUCAACGUUGUUGAAUGGCUUCAUGAAGCUCCGUUUAGAGGAAGCAUAUCGACGCGAAGCUCUACCGACAGAGGUACAAACGUGAUGCAAUGCUGGUCGUGGCGUCAGAGUGGGAAAUGUACAACUGCAGCGAUGGAUGGUGCGGCUAUGAAUGGGCAUCUCAAUGUAGUAAAAUGGCUACACAAGAACAGAGAGGAAGGCUGCACCACGUCGGCGAUGGAUCUUGCGGCUCAGAAUGGCCAUUUCAACGUUGUUUCAUGGCUACAUUGCAACCGUGGAGAAGGCUGCACUCCCGCGGCAAUCGAUGGCGCUGCCAGUAAUGGGUUUCUAUUGGUGGUGUCCUGGUUGAAAGAACAUCGCUCGGAAGGGUGCACGUCUGCAGCGAUGAUCAACGCAGCGUCCAACGGAUUCUUGGAAGUUGUGAAAUAUCUACACACAAAUCUUAACCAACAAGCGACGAUUGCUGCAAUCACUGCUGCUGCGGGUAAUGGCCACCUUCCUGUUGCGAAAUAUCUACACGACAACCACUCGGAGCACUGCACAAUGGACGCGAUCGCUCAAGCGAAUACAAAUGGGCAUCACACCGUUGUUGAGUUCUUGCUCAAACAUGAAGGCUGUCGUCGUGCCUACGAAGAAGACCGAUUCAUGGUCAGUGCAGACGAAGAUGUUCCUAUACUUGAAGAUUCUGCCCAUGAUUUAGACGAAUCUGCAUACCACAACUCUCUCAAUACUAAGUUGGAGUCCCGUGAAGCUAUAGACGACAGAGCUGAACUUGAAGCGCGACUUCGUGCCGAAGAGGAAGCAAGAAUUCGAGUCGAGGAAGAGCCAAGAAUCCGAGCAGAAGUUGAGGCUACCAUUCGAGCUGAGCAAGAGGAGGCUUUGAUGCGUGCGAGGAUCCGAGCUGAAAUCCAGGCUGAAGUGGAGGAGAAGAUGCGUGCUGAAAUCCGAGCUGAGCUCCUGGCUAAGAGGAACAUGGAGCCGUGUCCGAUCUGCUUCAUGCAAACCGACGAAUGCUGCACGACUGCUUGUGGUCACACGUUUUGCUCGGGUUGCGUGACGAAUUUACGCAGUAGAGGACACGAAUUAUGCCCCAUGUGCAGAUCUUCACUUAUUGAAUAGGCGGAUAUGCACGAUCUGGGCGUUGGAGGAUGAUAGUUCUCGCUUCGUAGUGCUUUUCAUUUUUUCCCAAUAUAUUUUAACAACAACCAUCCAUUCGCGAAUGGACUUCCUCAC